CGGCCGUUGCGCGGGAGAAGCGAGAGCAAGCGAGUGAGUGAGCGAGCCAGUGAGAUCGGUGAAGAAGCAAGAGAGAGAGAGAGAGAGAGAAAAACAUAUAUACAUAUGAGUGCGCGCCUCUCGCAACUCUCGCGAGUCUCGCGAAACGUCGACGAUUACGCCAGCCGCGUUGAGCCGUGUGCAGUGUGUGGCGUGUCUUCUUCCCCGGUGAGCGGUUGACGGAGAUUCCUUCGGUGGUGUGAGAACGUCGAUCGGGAAAACGAGCACGAGAAACGUGCCCGGUGUUCGGAUUCGUCAUCUCCAACGAGCGCUCCCGCCAACGACAAGCGACGGCGAACGAGUUAACCGAGUUCGUCGUCGUCCAGCGCGCGACAGCGGCGGCGACGACGACGACGACGACGACAACGACAACGACGACGACGACGGCGACGGAGACGACGACGGUGGCCGAACGAAAUCUCGCUGCUUGAAGGAGAGAAGAUCAUCAUAAUUGUCGGCAUAAUUGAGAUUUGAACACAUUUACCUGUGUUCUCUCUUUUCCGAGAGAGAGAAUCACCAUGGAUCAAGACGAAGUGAUAAGGAAUUUGCGGUCAUGCCUGAUAUCGUGCAAGGGUGGUAUCAAGUUAGAGAAUUUAAGGGCGGAUUAUCGUAUGGUGGCAGGAGAACAGUUACCUUUUAAACAAUUCGGAUAUUACUCUGUCGAAGAUUUUAUACGCGAUAUACCGGACGUUACAGUGACUAGAAAAAAUGGAGAACUUUUCGUGGAAGCUGUACCCUCCAAAACAUCGGCGCAUCUUACGAAAUUGGUCUCGCGGCAGAAGAAUGUACGACGAAGAAUCCGACCUCAACCUAAAAAGUGGACUCCGCCCCGACACGCGAGAGGUUUCUCGUCUGGUUUUAAAAGUAAUAAUUUCAGCGGUGGCCCUCAGCCUACCAGAAAUAAUUACUUUAGUUCUUCCAAUUCCUUUACUAGAUCCACGCCCGGCAAGAGUAACUUGUAUACAGAUUUUACCAGACCUGUACCUCUUAUGGAAACUAUAGUACAGUGCCCGGUAGUCCCGAUACCGCUCAAUAACUUUAAACAACCGAUUUUCGUGCCGACUACACCACCAGGUACCCCCAUUAAAAGACUGAAUGAAGUGACAAAUUCCAGUAUAUCGAUUGUUAACCAAAGUGCUACUAAUUGUAAGAAUAGCAAAGAUUUAAGGCUCAACAAAGUAUUAAAUGACAAUACAGCUUUGCCUGUGAUAAAUCAAAAACCAAAGACUGUGGAACUGAAACCUUCAAAACUAAGCGACAGGCUCAAAAUUACUUUUCCUACUGAAACGCCUUUACCACCGACUAAUAACUAUGACAACGGUAGUACACCUACGCCUGUACCAACUAUUUUUGAUAUUCCGAAGGUUGCACCGUCAUUCGAGAUUCCCGAUCCUCGGAAAGAGUUAGAGAUUCGUGCCAACGUAUUAAACUUCCCAUCGCCGAUUUAUAAAAUGUAUUCAAAGAAGGAGAAAAAUUCAGCUAAGAUCACCAUCUACGCCAGCGUGAAAGUCGGCACGCAUACGUUUCACACGUUCCCAGAGGACGCGGCGUCCGAAGAGGAAGCCGAGAAAAUCGCGGCACGCUUGGCUCUGGUGAAUCUCGCCAAGGAAUCGUCGAGCGCCGAGGUAACGUCGUCGACCGUCGACGUGGAAUUGAUAAAGAAACGUAUUUUGAACGUCAUAACCCGGCAUCACAGUGGGGUUUUCAUGCAUCUGCUACCCGAAUGUUACAAUGAGCAAUACGGGGAGACCCUGCCGCACAAUUGGCAAGCGAUCAUCGAGAAAUGUGCGGAUAUAAAUCAAGAGAAAGGCGUCGGGGAUUCCACGAUACUUUGCCUAAUCCCUCCGAUGAAGCGAUCGGAAAGUAACGCCACGCCGGCCAAAAAUAUUUCCGAGAAUACUCUCUUAUCUAACAAGAAGAUACAAUUGAACCCGAUUGGGCCGGCAACGCCCAAUACGUUACCGGUACCUGAGGCAACCAUUUGGCAGGUGUAUACCACUCACGUUGUCAGCACCGUCGAAAUUUGGGUUCGGCUCGGCGAUGAAAAUAAUGAUUUCGUUGACAUGACAAGUGAAAUGACCAGCCAUUACGAUCAAAUGACCAAGCCCGUCUCGCCGACGACAUGCGUGCAAUUCGGUGAUUUCUAUGCCGUUCUCGAGGAGAACUAUUGGCACAGAGUUCAGUGCAUAGAUUUUAAUAACGAGACCGGAAUCGCCACGGUUUUCUUCGUCGACGAGGGAUACGAGGAGCAAUAUAAAGCUGACGUUCUGUAUCCUCUGGAUAAGAGAUUCUGCAUUCUUCCCUGUCAGGCCAUCAGAGUAGGACUUCAAGGAUUGAAGGACUUCCACGACUGCGCUCAGAUAGUGGCUGAGAUUGAAAAUUAUCUUCUGGUUGAUCAGUUGUUUUACGUGAAGGUGCACGGUAUGGAUAACGACGAGUACGGCUCGUACGUGACGGUGACUUUUUACGACACCAGCAAAGGCGACGAAGAUGUCGACGUGAAUCAGACCCUGGUCGACAAGAUCUUGGAGAACAUGGCUGUCGCACUUAAAACGCAUGAGGGGCAAUUACUCGAAUUGCACGUCACGCACAUAGACGAGUCCGGUAAGGUUUACACGCAGCUGAACUCGCUCGCCAGGACUGUAUUGAACAAUGAGAACAUGCUGCAAAUGUCGGCGAACAAUUCGACGGUGAAGGCGAUCAACUUCACGAAAACGUACUUUGCGAAGUGGAAUUCGAAGUGGUACAGAGCGAGAGUGACCGACAUCCCCGCCGAGCAUGAAGUAAUGGUAUUUCUGAUCGACGUCGGUAAAACCGUCCUGAUACCGAGAGAAGAUCUAUUUCACAUGGACAGAGUCUCGAAGGCUUUGCAGUGCAUCCCUCCGCAGGCGAUGCAGAUCUUCCUACAUAACAUUGAGCAGUCGAGGUACAACAAGAGGCUCGUGGCAAGAUUCCGUGAAUUGGUCUCAGAUACGGAUCUGCUUUUAGCGAGGGUCAUCAGGAUCAGCGCGUCCGGAAUUCCAGUGAUGGAGAUUUUCAAAAGAGUUUGGCCGAGCAACAUGUUGGCUUCGAUAAAUACGUCGUUGAUUUAUGACGUCGAGCUGUCGAAAGUCAACGAAGAUAGCAACAAUAAUAACAAGUCUAAGAAACGGUUGGAACGCAAGAACCCUCGCGCUACCGAGUCCGUCAGUAAAUUGAAUCCACCCGAUAUUUCGGACAUCGGCGAGUAUUUUGACGUCCACGUCACACUGGUCGCGCAUCCAGGACAUUUCAUCGUUCAACCGUUGAACAAUGCGAGCGAAUUAAAAGAGAUGAUGCUCGACUUGCGACAGUGCUACGAUGCGAACCACGAUGUACUUUUGGAGUCUGUCAAUGAAGGCAAACUCUACGCGGGAAAGAUCGAGAACGAUUGGUACAGAGUAUACGUUACUAACAUUAUCAGCGACAGCGAUAUAUCCGUGUAUCUCUGCGACUACGGCGACGUGACGAUAAUAUCUCGCUACAACUUGCAGCCGUUGAAGAGCAAAUUCUUGAAAUUACCGUAUCAGGCGAUAAAGGCUAAGCUCGUCGGAAUCGAGCCAAUGAAUGUCGACUGGUCGGUGGGCGAUUGUAUCCAAUUUAAGGAUUUAGUGCUCGACAAGGACUUCGUCUCUGUAAUCGAGGAGACAGUGAUCGACAAACUCUCGCCGGUCAACGUUACCAUGUUGGGUUUACGAUUGAUUGACGUCAGUACCGAGAGAGACAUUUAUAUUGAUAAGCUAUUAGUAGACGAGAAGCGUGCCAAAUACAUUGAAGGAUUCAAGAGUCUUUCUUCUUAGCUUGUUACAUUAAUCGACAGAUAUAAAUAUCUAUUUUCUUUAUGAUUUGUGUUACCGUUAUCCUUCCACUGACGCCAUUGAUACUAGACCGCUUGUCCACGAACAACCUGUCGUGGAAGGAUAACGCAAGAUGAUCCUAAGGUUUUACUUUUUCUUUCCUUUUGUAACGGCCUCUCGCAUUUGACGCGUUGACGCGUAUAUGGGCGUCAUAAAAGAAUAACGAACGAUUAUUUUAAGUUUUUAUGUCAGUGAAAUUCGCCUACAGUUAGUUUUGUUAUAUAUGGAAAAUUUUAUUUUUUCUUAAAUACCGAAAGAGAUACGAGCAAGAUUACAUGCGCACAGCAGAAUUUAUCGAAGGAGCUUUUUCGUAUAAAGGCUUGUUUACAGUUAUACGCACAUAUUACGAUAGUCUUUCUUAACGUUAUGAAUUUCAAGUUUUUGUUGUCGUACAUAGGCAGAGAUGUAAUUACUGUUGAACUUGUAACGAAGUGCAGUUUAUUUACAGAGAAGUUUUAUUAUAAUUUUGUUGUAUUUUUUGAAGACAUUAAUUUUAUGUCGAGAGUAUUCUUUAACAACACUAUGUUGUAUUCCUUUUAAUUUUUUUUUGUCGUUUAACUUCGCAGGGUUUAUUAAACGAAACAGUAUGAUUGUCUGACGACAAAAGAUUGGCUGUGUAUAAUAUAUUAACUAAGUGACAGCAUUCCAUAUGUCUGCAAAUAAAAAAAUACAUAUAUAAUUUCUAUAUGUUAUGUAUAUUGAGAUAUAUAUAUGUUAGUACAUAUAUACGCGCAUGUGCGCACAUACAUACAACAUACACACAUACGUAUGUUGAACAUUACUUGAUUAGUCGCUUCGAAUACGUGAUCUGACCUGGAUUGGAAUAAUUUACUUUUUUGCCAUAUUGUAAGCCGUGUCAUUAGAAAUUCUCACGAAUUCUUUAUUUGUAACAAAUAUUUUUAUUUUUCUAUUGAUCUGCAACUAAAGUUAUGGAGUAAUUAAAUAAAGUUUAUGUAUAAUAAU